AUGGUACCUGGUAAUUUUCAUGGCAGCACAGGGCAGAGCUCUUCCUCACCAUACACUGUCACUGUCAACCAGACCACCUACCAGCCAGGAGACACCAUCCAAGUGACUCUGUCAGGAACCUUCACCUAUAAGGGGUUUCUUCUGGAGGCCCAUGAGGAAGGACAGAACACCGCUGUGGGAACGUUCUCUCUCGGCAGUGGGACUGGGAUCGUUCUUGUGCCUUGCAAUAAGAUCGCAACUGCUCCUACUACGACAACUACAACUCCUACUACAACUACAACUCCUACAACAACAACUACUACUCCUACUACGACAACUACAACUCCUACUAGAACAACUACAGCUCCUACUACAACAACUACAGCUCCUACUACAACAACUACAACUCCUACUACAACAACUACUGCUCCUACUACGACAACUACAACUCCUACUACAACUACAGCUCCUACAACAACAACUACUGCUCCUACUACGACAACUACAACUCCUACUACAACUACUACAGCUCCAUAUACAACAACUACAGCUCCUAUAACAACAACUACAACUCCUACUACAACAACUACAACUCCUACUACAACAACUACAGCUCCAUCUACAACAACUACUGCUCCGACAACAACAACUGAUCCUACUACAACAACUACAGCUCCUACUACAACAACAACUACAACUCCUACUACAACAACUACAGCUCCUACUACAACAAAUACAACUCCUACUACAACAACUACAGCUCCUAAAACAACAACUACUGCUCCUACAACAACAACUACAACUCCUACUACAACAACUACAGCUCCAUCUACAACAACAACUGCUCCUACUACAACAACUACUGCUCCUACAACAACAACUACAACUCCUACUACAACAACUAUAGCUCCAUCUACAACAACUACAGCUCCUACUACAACAACUACAGCUCCUACUACAACAACUACAACUCCUACUACAACAACUACUGCUCCUACAACAACAACUACAACGCCUACUACAACAAAUACAGCUCCGUCUACAACAACUACUGCUCCUACUACAACAACUACUGCUCCUACUACGACAACUACUGCUCCUACUACAACAACUACAGCUUCUAAUACAACAACUUCAGCUCCUAUUACAACAACUACAGCUUCAAAUACAACAACUACAGCUCCUAUUACAACAACUACAGCUCCGACAACAACCACAGCUUCUACUACAACUACUGCUCCUACUACAACAACUACAGCUCCUACUACAACAACUACAACUCCUACUACAACAACUACAGCUCCUAAUACAACAACAACUACAGCUCCUACUACAACAACUACAGCUACAACAACUACAGCUCCUACUACAACA